CUCCGUGUCCUCUCUUUUCUCAGAUGUCCCCCCGGCGGAGCAGGAGAAACUGUUCAUCCAGAAGCUGCGCCAGUGCUGUGUGCUGUUCGACUUCGUGUCCGACCCUCUGAGUGAUUUAAAAUGGAAGGAGGUGAAACGGGCGGCGCUCAGCGAGAUGGUGGAGUACAUCACCCACAACAGGAACGUCAUCACAGAGCCCAUCUACCCAGAGGUGGUGCACAUGUUUGCGGUGAACAUGUUCAGGGCGUUGCCUCCAUCGUCCAACCCGACAGGAGCAGAGUUUGACCCAGAGGAGGACGAGCCCACGCUGGAGGCUGCAUGGCCACAUCUACAGCUCGUUUAUGAAUUCUUUCUGCGGUUCUUGGAGUCCCCAGACUUUCAACCAAACAUAGCCAAAAAGUAUAUUGACCAGAAGUUUGUAAUGCAGCUUUUAGAAUUGUUUGACAGUGAAGACCCACGAGAAAGGGACUUUUUAAAAACCACUCUGCAUCGAAUCUACGGCAAGUUCCUGGGUCUGAGGGCGUACAUUAGGAAACAGAUAAAUAACAUAUUUUAUAGGUUUAUUUAUGAAACAGAGCAUCAUAAUGGGAUAGCAGAAUUACUGGAAAUUUUAGGAAGCAUUAUAAACGGGUUUGCGUUGCCAUUAAAAGAAGAGCACAAAAUAUUCCUUCUGAAAGUCCUUCUCCCGUUACAUAAAGUCAAGUCUCUCAGUGUCUAUCACCCACAGCUGGCAUAUUGUGUGGUACAGUUCUUAGAGAAGGACAGCACGCUCACUGAACCAGUGGUGAUGGCGUUGUUAAAAUACUGGCCAAAGACGCACAGCCCUAAAGAGGUGAUGUUUCUGAACGAGCUCGAGGAGAUUCUGGACGUAAUCGAACCCUCUGAGUUUGUCAAGGUCCAGGAGCCACUCUUCAGACAGCUCGCCAAGUGUGUCUCCAGCCCACACUUCCAGGUGGCAGAGAGGGCCCUUUACUACUGGAAUAACGAGUACAUCAUGAGUCUGAUCAGUGACAACGCAGCCAAGAUUUUACCCAUCAUGUUCCCCGCGCUCUACCGCAACUCCAAAACACACUGGAACAAGACGAUCCACGGUCUCAUCUACAACGCUCUUAAACUCUUCAUGGAGAUGAACCAGAAGUUGUUUGACGACUGCACACAACAGUUUAAAGCUGAGAAAAGCAAAGAGAAAGCCAAAUGGAAAGAGAGGGAAGAGGCGUGGCUCAAGAUAGAAAAUUUAGCAAAGUCAAAUCCACAGUUCUUGACGUAUAUUGACUCCGGAUCAGGAAGUCCGAUGGAUAUGGAAACAGACGGUCCAGUUUUAGAUGACGUCAAUAUGUUAAAGAAAACAGUAGAGGAAGAAGCCACACAGCUUUCUAAAGACCACCGAAAGGAGCGGCCAUUGAUGAGGAGGAAAUCUGAACUUCCCAAAGACAUCUCCACGGUUACGGCGAUAGAACUUCACAGGCGAGCGGAGGAGAUGAUAACACACGACGGACACUAGACUCAUGACCUACAUAGAUCUUAUAAACAAAAACUAGAAGACCACAAAACCAACCAGCAGCAACUAUCGGCCCCAGAGACCUCCAGCACAAAACACUGUCCCUUAAAGCGACAUAGAACUCUAGAGUGGACAUUCCCCAGGUCAUCUACAGCGCGGCGGCCAUGUUGUGUCUGUAGGCUGUACCCAAGCACACGUGUAAACGGAUAAUAGAGCUGCACUUAGUUAUGAAAUAUUCUUUUAAUAAAUCUUGUUCAUUUGUCUUUUAUUUGUGCUUUAAUCUAAUGUCAUGUCUCACCCAUACUAAAGGACUCUUAAGCUAUAGUUAUGCUAAAAAUGGCCUGCAGUACUAUGAAUUGGUAUAAAAUAAACUUUUAUUUACGGA